AUGCAGUACUACCAGCAAAUCGGAGAAUUGUACUCAGUGGGAAGUUACAUAGACACAACGCAUUGUGUAACACCUUCGCUUAGUUUCUUCGACGACAGCAUAAUCUGUCAAGCACUGGUAUUUGUAAGCACACAUCGCUACGUCCCGUUACCACUGAUAGUAGUGAAAUCAAACAAGACAGUGGAGCACCAGAAAGUUAGCUUCUUGAACAGCUACAGAAGCUUAAUGGUUCCUGAUGGUUCUAAUAAUUUUGAGAUCAUCCAGGGGAUAAAACUAGAAUAUGGAGUUGCGAAAUGUUCACGAUGUAACGAGUUUAAGUGA